AUGAAGCCAGAGUCGGGCAUCAUCCUUGGGUGGAUCCUGCUGGUGGCCAGGGUAGGGGCUGCCAGGAGAGGAUCCCCAGAAGAGGCAUCCUUCUACUAUGGAACCUUUCCACCUGGUUUCUCCUGGGGUGUGGGCAGUUCUGCCUACCAGACAGAAGGUGCGUGGGACCAGGAUGGGAAAGGACCCAGUAUCUGGGAUGCCUUCACACACAGCGGGGAGGGGAGAGUGCUAGGGGACGAGACGGCGGAUGCAGCCUGCGACAGCUACUACAGAGUGCAGGAGGACAUUGCCCUGGUGAAGGAACUACGUGUCAGUCACUACCGACUGUCCCUGUCUUGGCCACGGAUCCUGCCCACAGGGAUCAGAGCCGAACAGGUGAACAGGAGAGGAAUUGAAUUCUACAGCGAUUUCAUUGACGCCCUGCUGAAGAGCAACCUCACCCCCAUUGUGACCUUGCACCACUGGGAUCUGCCUCAGAUGCUCCAGGUCACAUAUGGUGGGUGGCAGAAUGUGAGCAUGACCCGAUACUUCAGGGACUAUGCUGACCUGUGUUUUGAGGUCUUUGGGGACCGAGUGAAACACUGGCUCACAUUCAGCGAUCCUCGGACAAUGGUAGAAAAAGGCUACGAGACCGGUCUCCAUGCACCAGGUCUGAGGCUCCCGGGCACUGGUCUGUACGUGGCUGCACACCAUAUCAUUAAGGCACACGCCCAAGCCUGGCAUUCUUAUAACAACACAUGGCGCAGCAAACAGCAAGGCAUGGUGGGAAUUUCACUCAACUGUGACUGGGGGGAACCUGUGGACAUCAACAACCCCAGUGAUAUUGAGGCAGCUGAGAGAUACCUACAGUUCUGCCUCGGUUGGUUUGCCAACCCUAUUUAUGCUGGUGACUACCCCCAAGUCAUGAAGGACUACAUUGGAACAAAGAGUACGGAGCAAGGCCUGGAGAUGUCAAGGUUGCCCACAUUCUCCCUUCAGGAAAAGAGCUACAUUAGAGGCACAUCUGACUUCCUGGGACUGGGCCACUUUACCACUCGAUACAUCAUUCAGAGGAAAUACCCUUCCCACCAGGGGCCCAGCUUCCAGAAUGACCGUGACUUAAUAGAACUUGUGGACCCCAACUGGCCAGAUAUGGGGUCUUCAUGGCUCUAUUCUGUGCCAUGGGGAUUCAGGAGGCUUCUCAACUUUGCCCAGACUCAAUAUGGUGAUCCCCCCAUAUAUGUGACAGAAAACGGAGCAUCUCAAAAGUUACACUGCACUCAAUUCUGUGACGAAUGGAGAAUUCAGUACCUCAAAGGAUAUAUAAAUGAAAUGUUAAAAGCUAUAAAAGAUGGUGUGAAUAUAAAAGGGUAUACUUCCUGGUCUCUGUUGGAUAAAUUUGAAUGGGAGAAAGGCUAUGCAGAUAGAUAUGGAUUCUACUAUGUUGAAUUCAAUGUGAGAAACAAGCCUCGCUAUCCCAAGGCUUCGGUUCAGUAUUACAAGGAGAUCAUCACAGCCAACGGGUUUCCAAACUCACAAGAGGUGGAAAGUUGGCGUCUCAAAGCUUUGGAAACUUGCUCCAUCAACAACCAGAUGCUUGCCACAGAGCCCUUGCUUAGGCACAUGCACGUGGCUUCAGAGAUUGUGGUACCCACAGUUUGCGCCCUCUCCAUCCUCAUUGCUGCCCUGCUGCUAACAUUCCUCCUCAGGAGCCACAGCUGAGAUGGGAUCUCAUCUCCACCUUCAUUUUCAGAGAAUCUUCAGAAUCACACUUCUUU